AUGUCCCUUCCCGAGAAGCAAUGGGCCCAGGUGGUCGAAAAGAAAGGUGGCCCGCCCGUGUACAAGGAGAUCCCCGUCCCCAAGCCCGGUCCCGAUCAGAUUCUCGUCAAGAUCCGCUAUACUGGUGUUUGUCACACCGACCUGCACGCUAUGAAGGGUGACUGGCCGCUCGAGGUGAAGAUGCCCCUCGUCGGAGGCCACGAAGGAGCCGGUGUUGUCGUCGCCAAGGGAGAACUCGUGACCGGCUUUGAGAUCGGCGACCAUGCCGGCAUCAAGUGGUUGAACGGUUCCUGCAUGGAGUGUGAGUUCUGCCGACAGGCUGAGGAGCCCCUCUGCCCCAACGCCAGCCUGUCCGGCUACACUGUCGACGGCACCUUCCAGCAGUACUGCAUCGGCAAGGCCACUCACGCCUCAAAAAUCCCCAAGGACGUCCCCCUGGACGCCAUCGCCCCCGUCCUCUGUGCCGGUAUCACGGUCUACAAGGGUCUGAAGGAGUCAGGUGCACGCCCCGGCGAGACCGUCGCGAUCGUUGGUGCCGGAGGUGGCCUGGGCUCGCUGGCGGUGCAGUACGCGAAAGCGAUGGGGCUGCGUGUUGUCGGCAUUGACGGCGGCGACGAGAAGAGAGAACUGUGCGAGAAGCUCGGUGCAGAGGCCUUUGUCGACUUCACCAAAUCCAAAGACGUCAUCGAAGACGUCAAGGCUAACACGCCCGAAGGCCUCGGCGCCCACGCCGUCCUCCUCCUCGCCGUCUCCGAACGGCCCUUCCAGCAAGCAACCGGCUACGUCCGCUCGCGUGGUAGCAUCGUCGCCAUCGGCCUGCCCGCCGACGCCUUCCUCAAGGCUCCCGUGUUCUCCACCGUCGUCAAGAUGAUCAACAUCAAGGGCAGCUACGUCGGCAACCGCCAGGACGGCGUCGAGGCGAUCGAAUUCUUCGCUCGCGGUCUCAUCAAUGCGCCCUUCAAGAAGGCUCCCUUGAAGGAUCUGCCAAAGAUCUAUGAGCUAAUGGAACAAGGCAAGAUCGCUGGUCGAUACGUUCUUGAAGUCCCCAAGUAA